AUGUCGUUGGCCUUACAUGGACAUCAUAUUUUAUUAAUCGCUACGUUGGCAUUUACCACAGCUGUGCUCACAUUAAAUUGGUAUGAGAAUUCUGAAAAGUCUAUACAUAUAAACGUUUUUCAAAUAUGUUCAAAUUUUUCAACAUUAAAAACAUGUCGAUGGAUUUUCUCUAUUCAAUCAGUUAAAUCAUCAUUUGAAGAAAUAAAAAUAAUAUCUUUGAUUCUAACUGCUUCGUUUGCUAUUACUUGUGUUGGUAUAAGUUUAAUUGGUCUCUUACUUGGUUCUUGGUAUAUACAACGUCGUGGGCAUGAUAAUGAAUCAAGAUGUUUAAUUGUUCUUACUAUGCUUAUGAAUUUAUUAAGCUUUUUAUUUUCUUGCGGUGUUUGGACAAUGAUGUUAACAACAAAUUUACAACAAGAAAAUUUUGGAACAACUGAUAUUCGUCUCAAAGAUUUUGGCUUUUCAUUUUGGAUUAAUAUAGGAUCAUCUGUUUUAUAUUUAUAUGCACUUAUCAUUUAUCUCAUUGCUAUAUGCAAAAAUUGA